UCCGCCAUUGAGGACCCAAGAUCAGAAGGAAAGGGUCAGAAUCGCUUCGAUAGGCAACCGCGCACGUUUCCUUUAUUCUUGAAACCAAACUUUGUCUACGUCCACACGUCGCCUACUGUAUAAUAAUAAUAACUGAUAUUCGUUUUAACUCAUGGAUGGCAGAGUUAGAUAUUUUAUAGCAAUUUGAAGUAACCUACCUAGCUAACGUUAGUCCGCUGUGAAGCUUACGAGUGAGGUUAGCUAGCUAGCCACUGUGCUAGCUUUAGCUACGCGAACUGAGCCAGGCUCUGGGGCAGUGUCGUUUGAUGGAUCCAAGAAUCGCUUGGUUUCAGCCAGAACAACGUGGACCAGCCAACAGCCUGUGGAUGCAGAUUUGGGAAACAACUCAAGGACUGGGGAAUCUGUACUUCAAUAACAACUGUAACACGGGUGGUUUGUCAAGCACGUCAAGCCUCAGUCCGAAAAAGAACAUCAACGGGACAUUGGGUAACGUGAUCUCGUGCAAGAACGGAGCUGUCACUAACAGCGAACCCCGGAACCAGGGAAUGUCCAACUCAACGAAAGACCGAGAUGUAGUCGAACAACGAGACUUUAUUCCGUUGGAAGCUAAUAACAACCACAACAACCGUUCAUCGUUGGGGAGGGGCAGCGCAGUGUGUUCUCGGGUCUCUGUGGUCUCGGGACACCCCAACAAAAGGAAAAGAGACAACAAGGCUAGCACUUAUGGAUUCAACAGUAGCCUCGAGACCGGAGGUUGUGGUUACACGGGAACACCAUGGAAAGUCAAGAACUACUCUGAAGGAAUCUUGGGGCUCCAUGAGGAGAUCAAUGACUUCUACAAGCACAUGUCUCCUCGGGUGGAGGAGGAGAGGAUGAGGAUGGAGGUGGUGGACAGGAUUGAGAGGGUCAUCAAAGACCUGUGGCCCACUGCUGACGUUCAAGUGUUUGGGAGUUUCAGCACGGGCCUCUAUCUGCCAACCAGUGACAUCGAUCUGGUGGUGUUUGGGAACUGGGAAAACCUGCCCCUUUGGACCCUGGAAGAGGCCCUGCGGAAGAAAAACGUGACUGACGAGAACUCCAUCAAAGUGCUGGACAAGGCCACGGUACCCAUCAUCAAGUUGACAGACUUCCGCACAGAGGUGAAGGUGGACAUCAGCUUCAAUGUGAAGAACGGAGUCAAAGCUGCCCUUCUCAUCAAAGACUACAAAAAAAAAUACCCAGUGCUUCCGAAGUUGGUUCUGGUGCUGAAGCAGUUCCUGCUCCAGAGAGAUCUGAAUGAGGUUUUCACUGGAGGGAUCGGCUCCUACAGCCUUUUCCUUAUGGCUGUCAGCUUCCUGCAGCUUCACUACAGAGAAGAUGCCUGCAGCCCCAAUGCCAACGUGGGCGUUCUUCUUAUAGAGUUCUUUGAGCUCUAUGGACGCCACUUCAACUACCUGAAGACGGGCAUCCGGAUCAAAGAUGGUGGUAGCUAUGUGGCCAAAGACGAGUUUCAAAAGAACACUGACCUCUACAGGCCCUCCAUGCUCUUCAUUGAAGACCCCCUAGCACCAGAUAACGACGUUGGCCGCAGCUCAUACGGUGUGUUGCAGGUGAAGCAGGCCUUUGACUAUGCCUACGUAGUGCUCAACCAUGCCGUAUCGCCCAUCGCCAAGUACUACCCCAACAACGAGUCUGAGAGUAUACUUGGCAGAAUAAUUAGGGUGACCCAGGAAGUGGCUGAAUACAGGGACUGGAUCACCAAGCUCUGGGGACCACAGUCUCAGAAUGAACCUACCCUGAAUGGAAAUGAUGUCACACUGUUAGUGAAGCCUCAGCAGCUGGACGAGUGCAACAACAACCUGACGGAGGAGGUGACUGCAUCUCGCAGCAAGACCUCUUCCAACUCCUCCUCAUUAGUGUCAUCCUCAUCCUCCACGGAUUCUGACGGGACGCCCUGUAAGACAGUGAAGCAGCUGCCUGGACGGGGCUCCAGCGCCCACCGAGAAUCCUCAGGUGGCGUGACCAAUCACAGAACACAGAGCCACACCACCAGCACUCCUACUGACAACAAGGGGGGCAAGGCCAGGUUGUUCCGCUCGUCCAGUAAAAACACCCACCACGUCCAGCAGAACUCGUCCUCAUCCAACAUCAAGAGCCACCCGAGCAGCAAGCCACACUACCAGGGCAACAGCAAGAAGAGGAAACCUCAGCAGCACUCAGAGGCCCAGGACCUCUGCAGAUAGGGCUGUCUUGGUCUGCUCUGCAACAGACUGACAGCCUGACUGUCCCACUUCUGCUGCCAGACCACGUACUGACUGAGUAGUAUUAAGGAGCUUCCUUCUCUCAAGCGACAUGCAUCUUUUUAUAGCUGAAAAAUAACCCCAAAAAAAGAGAUGGGAAAUGCUGGGGCUUAGUUCUAGAAAGAAAUGCGUAUUUUCUUCCUUGACAUAUACACGUUCUACAGUGGAGCUACACACCACAUCCAGUACCUACAAAUCUUGCCUUUUACCAUAGCGCCAUCUGGUGUUUGAGGAAUAAGUGUCUGGAAAGUCAUGUGGAUUUUUAUGCGCAAUACCUGGAACUUGGCUGGCGAACAUACUUCAGCAAGAAAAGUAUUUUUUUAAAUAAUAAAAUACACAUAACAAAUGUACAAAAUGUUAUAUUGAAGAAAAAUGUACACAGAUUGAUAGACUAAACCUCAAAAUGCAAUCUGUAAGUAGAGACGAUGACUUAAUGUUUUUGUUGAUGGAAGGAUAUUUUUUGGUUGUGUAAGCAGAUUAUACAAAGAUUUGUACAAAAAGAAACAUGCAGAAAUCUUUUGGGUAAAAAUUAUCACAAAUGUACUUUUUACAGGAUAAUACUGAUUCAAGGCAAAUGUAGAUGUACACAUUUGCCUGCUAAUCGUGAGUAGUGGCAGGUUUGGGUUUCAUUGCCAACAUAAAAUCAUCAGCAUUCUAUUUC